GUGAGGUGAAGGCAGGGCAGCGCCAGCAGGGGAUGAGGGGUAGGAUGGCAGUGAAGGGACAUCUCUCAGCUCAGUGGCUUUGGCUUCUUCUCCUCUUCAUCCAGACCAGCCUGGGUCAUGUUGAAGCCCGUCUGGUUGGAGAGAAUGGGACCUGCAUAAGACGUGUGGAGAUAAAACGGGGAGACACCUGGGGAAGCAUCUGUGAUUCUCACUUUGAUCUCAAGGCUGCCAGUGUCCUCUGCAAUCAGUUACAGUGCGGAACAGCUGUAUCCACCCCAGGAGGAGCUCGCUUCAGAGAAGGACGAGGGCCCAUUUGGACUGAAGAGUUCCAGUGUGUAGGGAAUGAGUCUCAUCUUUUUUAUUGCCCCAGGCCACCAUAUGUAGAUCAAUCAUGUUCACAUGGAAAUGAAGUUUGUGUCAUAUGCUCACGGUUCAGGUUGGUGAACGGCACCUCCAUGUGUUCAGGGAGAGUGGAGGUCCUGGUGCUCGGUGCCUGGGGCACCCUCUGUGACUCGCGCUGGGAUUUAUCUGAUGCCCACGUUCUUUGCCAUCAGCUCGACUGCGGAGUUGCUGUGUCCACUCCAGGAGCAGGGCAUUUUGGGAAAGGAACUGGCCCUGUCUGGGGUGACACAUUUCACUGUAAGGGAACUGAAACUCAUUUGGGGUUUUGCCCUGUUACUGCCCUGGGGGCCUCUCAGUGCUCGCAUGACCAUGAUGCUGGUGUGAUUUGCUCAGGCCAAUCUGAAUCCCUCAGACUGCUGACAGGAGAGAGCCGGUGUGAUGGCAGAGUAGAGAUUUCCCUCGGCGGUAUGUGGGGCAGAGUCCUGGAUUAUCAGUGGGACAUGAAGGAUGCCAGCGUGGUGUGCAGGCAGCUGCAAUGCGGAGUUGCUGAGAGCGCCUACAACCUGCCAAAGUCUGAUCAAGGGACGGGCCCUGUGGGGCUUAGAGGUGUGCGAUGUGCAGGACACGAAUCCAAUCUGACACUCUGCAACACCAACCUGUCUGAGACCGAGCAGGCAGGAAUCACUGAGGAUGUUGGUGUUGUUUGUUCAGGAAGCAGGCAGCUCAGACUGGUAAAUGCGAUGGGUCGCUGUGCUGGGAGAGUGGAGAUUUACUACCAGGGCACCUGGGGGACAGUGUGUGAUGAUUCCUGGAACUUGUCUGACUCCAACGUGGUUUGCAAACAGCUGGGAUGUGGACAUGCCGUUGAUGUAGCUGCCUCCGCUCAUUAUGGAGAAGGCUCAGGACAGAUCUGGCUGGAUGAUGUCAACUGCUCUGGAAAUGAAUCCGAGCUCUGGGAGUGCCCUUCCAGGGGCUGGGGGCAGCACGACUGCAGACACAAGGAGGAUGCAGGAGUGCUCUGCUCAGAGUUCAUGGAUCUGAGGCUGGUGAAUGGUGAUGAUUGUUCCGGUCGUCUGGAGGUUUUCUACAAUGGGACGUGGGGGAGUGUUUGCUCCAGUUCGAUGGCUCAAGCCACUGUGGACAUAGUAUGCAAGCAGCUGGGCUGCGGGAAUGGAGGAGAAUUUGCAGAAGACUAUUUAUAUGGACAAGGUUCUGGCCCCACGUGGCUCGACCGUGUUCAGUGCCGUGAGCAGCACAGCUCCCUGUGGGAGUGUCCAUCAAAGCCAUGGGACCCUCACUCAUGUCAUGACCGGGGAGAAGAGACCCACAUUACUUGUGCUGGAAAAAAAGAGAACACAACGCUGACACGGUUUGUUGCAUGUCCAAACUCCACAGACUGCACAGGUACCUCUGCCUUUCCCUGCGUCUCCAUUUUACAUUUCUAA